CGGGACUUCCGCUCCCGGUGACGUCAAAGCGGGAGCGCUGCGGUAGAGCCCUGUGCUUUCUAGGCGGACAGAAAUGGACUCAGAAAUCAAGGAAGAAGUUCCUGUGCACGAGGAAUUCAUUUUAUGUUGUGGAGUUGAAACCCAGGUUCUAAAAUGCGGGCCCUGGACUAACCUCUUCAAUGAGCCAAGAGCCAACAGGCCUAAGCUGCUUAUUUUUAUUAUUACAGGUAAUCCAGGUUUUUCUGCCUUUUAUGUACCGUUUGCAAAGGCUUUGUACUCCUCAAUAAACCGACGCUUUCCAGUUUGGGUUAUCAGUCAUGCUGGACAUGCUUUGGUCCCCAAAGGCAAGAAGAUUCUUACAACCUCAGAUGAUUCAAAUGCUCAAGAAAUUAAUGACAUCUAUGGACUACAAGGUCAAGUGGAACACAAGCUAGCUUUCCUGAGAACUCAUGUGCCAAAGGAAGUAAAACUUGUGGUCAUUGGCCAUUCAAUAGGCUGCCAUUUUAACCUUGAGAUUUUGAAGCUUGCUCCUGAGCUCCCACAGAAGGAAGAUAAAGGGACUUAGUGUCGAGGCAUGGGCCAAGCGGAGAAAUUGAACUCGGAAAACAACAAAUCAGAAUCCUUGAAUUGCACUGGGGGCAGCAGGUGGAUGGAGGUAUGAAAGGAAGUGGAUGGUUCCGGAGACACAGUGCACAGGCAUCCCACACUUACGUCCUCGCAAGCCACCAGUGACCCUUGCUACGUGAAAACCACAGGUGUCAGGCAGUCAACCCCUAACUACUCUGCUUGGUGAAAGACUCCCUUGCAGAAAACAAUAAAUCCCUUCCUCUGAGGAAAGCUUGUAUUGAAUAUGAUGAAAUGCAACUUUGCCAAUCACUUGUGCAUUUAUUUAAAUGCAUAUAUUUAUAUGUUUGUGUGUGUGCACGCACACUAUCUUUUCUAAUUACCCAGGAGACUACCUUGCUGAAAGCCGAACACAUGGAAAGUUUCAACUUUGCGACUUCAGCCAUGUUUUAGUCAUCUGCAUAUUUUUUUAAAAUCCUAAAAUUGCUUUCAAAGUGGAAAAAUUGUGUGGGCUUUUUUCAUCUUUUCAUAACUCAAAAACUAUUUAAUAUAUUUUUCUCAAACUUCACAAAAAAAAAUCACCUUUGGGCUGAAACCAAGCAUGGAAAAUUUCACCACAAAGGGCUAAUUUUUUGGAAAGCUGCAAGAAAGUGAAAACAGGGGUUUAUAAUAAAACAUUCUUCAUGCAUGUUAAUCCUUAAUACUUUAUCUAAUGCAUUUCAUCUGAGUAUUUCUGAGGACUUUUCAGAUUUAAAUAUUGAACCAUUUUAGCAUUGGUGUAUCCAUGAUCCAGUCAGAUACGGAAAAUUUCCCCCAUCUUCUCACGGGUCCAGUGUAUUGAGAGUUAGUGAGCUGUGUUUAAAGGGACAAGUAGGGCAAGUGAAGUGAAAUGGCCAUGAGGCAGAGAAAACCUUACAUACUGCCCGCACACAUGUUAGCACCUCCUCUUUCUGGCCCAGGAGUAGUCCUGAGCAGAAUAGAAUGUAGUAGAUGACACGAGGCACUCAUUCAGAUAGCUAAGCCAGCAUUUCUCAAAGCAGCAUCAGCAUUACUUGGGGUCUUGUAAGAAAGAAAUUAUCGGGCCCCACUCAGACCUCCUGAAUCUGAAACUUUAGGACUGGGGCCCAGCUAUCAGUGUUCUCUCUCACGUGGGACCCAGGUGAUUCUGAUAGGUGCUCCAGGUGGGGAGCCACCAACCGAAACUCCCCAAAAGCUGGGGGCACAGAAUGUAUGGAGAGGCAACGGACAAUUGAAUCUGUCCUUGGUCUUUCGGGAACCUGUCAGCUCUGCCUUCUCACGUCACGCCCUGGCAGCAGGAGGAACGCUAAUCAGGUUCUCUGAAGCAAAGUUCUUUUUGUCUCUGUUUCCUGUAUCGUAGCUCUUUCUGCCUGUGAUCUGAUCUGCAAGCACUGCGACCCUCUUGAGUAAAGGUGCUGAUAUCCAGAUUGUUCAGGGAAAUAACGCUACCAAGAAGUAUUUUCUCAUUUCCUUGAGUUAUCGGGGCCACACCCGGUGGGCCCACAUAAGUCACUGUCAUUUCUUUGCAGUCUUAAGUUCCAAGAUUUAAGUGGCAAGGUAGCAGAAGUCUGUCAGUGGAAGCUGACUUAAGCCGCACUCUUCUGUGUGCAAGGUCUCAAUCUUAUGUUUUGCAUUGGCCCUCUGCAUUCCAGCAAACCCCAGUGUCUAUGUUAUUGUGUCUCUAGGCACUGAAGAGCUGUGUUUGUGGCAUUGUAUCAAUUCUGAGAAUAUUCUCCUGGUGAUGGAAGUCAUCAGUCUGCUGUAUGUGGGCCUUUAGCUAAUCACCCAGUGCUUGUUGUUAGGAUGGAAAAUUCAGACAUAGCCUGGGAGAGGUGUUUAAGCAGUUUAAAGCAGUUUAAAGGUAUAGUCAGUUACAACCCAUCUCAGCAAAGCUUGAAUACAGCUAUCUAAGCUGAUAUAGAUGGAAAAGAAAAAGAGUCUCAUUUUUAAAUUGACCAUUUAAAAUUUUUAUCAUGAAAAACUUCAGACAGAAAAAUAAAAAUAAUUGUGUAAUGAAUCUCCAGAACCCAUUAUCCUGAUUAAUAUAGCUACUGAUAUUUUGUUACCUUUACCUUAUUUUUUUUCUUAAAUAGUUUCAGUUGAAUUGUAGCCCUCAUGGUAUUUCACCCAUAAAUACUUCAUUGUGCUUCGUUAAAAAAGGACCUUUUCUUAUAUAACUACCAUGUCAUUAUCACACCUAACAAAAUUAAUGGUAAUUCUCUGAUAUCAUCUAAUUUAGUCCAUAUUCAGAUUUUCUUUGUCCCCAAAAUGUUUUUUUACAGGUGGUUUGCAAGAUCCUUCUUUAGUUUAAAAGUUUUCCUUCCAUUAUAAAAGUUCAUAUGUUUUUAAGUUUCAGGAAAGUAGGAGAAAAAUAAAAAAUAAAUGUAACUCAAGAUUCGUAUAGUAUCCAGAGAGACUUAACCAAAAAAUAUAGCAUGAAUUGCUUUCAUAACUCAACAAGUAGCUUUUUAAAACUGAAUGUAAAAUUGCUUAAAGAAAAGUAUGGAUAGAUCAUGAUUUUGUAUAGGACAUUUUAAACCUAGCUAACUUGUCCCUUGAGUUUCCAUGUUUAGACCAGAGGAUAAUACAGCACGCCCUCUCAAUUUUGUUUUUAUUUUAUAAGAAAACAAACUUCGAACUGUUUUUGCAUUGUUAUUUAUUAGGAUGUAAAAAUUUAUGUAAGAUGCUUGUAGAUAUUUAGAGUGAUUGAAGAUUAAACUAUGAACUGUUUUUGCUAUGAGGAUUAUUACAUCACCAUAGCCAUCAUUUGUGGAUCUUACUUAAUCCACUCAGCAAGUCUUUGAUGGGCUCCUGUACCCGUUUUCUACAUGAGGAAACCAAGACCUAGGACAGAAGUAACUUGCUCAGGGUUAGAGAGCUGGUAAGUGCCUGUGCUAGAAUUUGAACCCAUGUGUGUUUGACUCCACAGUUUGUGCUCCUACUGAAGAAGAGCUAGGUAAUAAAAUCGAUCAAAAAAUACGUACCCAGCACAAUGCAUGACUCAGUGCUUAAUCAAUUAGUAUAUGGUAGUACUUGGUAAAGUCUGUUUAUUGAGGAUAUAGUAGCAUUUGAUAAUGCUUGCUAAAUGGACCUCAACAGUAAUCAAAAUGAGCUGGUACUAUUUCAGUAUUUAGAAGAAAAAUGUAGUGUUGUGUGCAUAUAUACUUCUGUAUACACUUGUAGAAAGUCUGAAUGGGUAAUUUUUUUUUAACCUGCUUCUCCCCACUCCUAGAAUAAUUGGGAUUAUUGAUAGGUAUGUCUUUUGAUGGUCUCUUCCUGACUGUUAUUUGAAUAUGAUUUAAAGAAAAAACACAGAUUGUGAUUAGCAUCAUCAUUCAUCAUACUGCUAGAAUGAAGCAGGUUCUUUUUUAGAACAGUACAGCCAUAUUCAAAUCUCAUCAGGCCAUGAGGUUCAUAGCGGCUAGGACUCUAAGAGGCUCUGUGAAUACCUUUAUGGUUAGAUGGAUACAGGUCUGAAAGACUGAGCUCAUACCUUGCUACAUUUUGACUUUGUUAUGCCAGUGAACCAGGUGUUCCCAGAAGAGCAGAUUCAUAGAGCCUUAGUGGAUGGAGCAUAGAAGAGAUAGCAUGCAAGAGUAUGAAAACAGAUGAACACAUUGCUGUGAAGUUGUUCUUCUGUGGCUCGUUUAUUCUAGCCAGAAGAUUCUUUUUAGGUCUAUCAGCUUGUGGAGAUGAGAAUGGUGAAUGUGAUCUUUAAGGAAGGAAAAGGCUUUCUGAUAUGGGUACCCUGUAUGCAUGAAGCUGUUUCACCCUCCCCUCUUGCUCUUACGGAAAAUCUGUGAACAAUAUGCAAUGCAGGCCACAAAAAAUUCCCUGAAGUGGAAAAAGCCUAGCAGGCACUAAAUGAAAGAUGCUUCACAAGAAUAAAAUGUGGUUGCUUUGAUAUCUUGCAUCCAAGCCAGUUCAGACUAAUUGCAUUGGGUUGGGAAGAAGCCAGAUUAUCAGGUGUCAGAAAGGUGUAUUAUUGAUGAAUGGAUAAAGAUUGAAGCCAGCAUCAUUUCUGGCAGCCUGUCCCUGGGAAAGCAGACAGUAAAUCAUUUCCCAGUAUCAGUCCUACAGAGACCAGAGGGUGCACGCAUAAAUGAAGCCUGUAGACAGUCCAGAAACUCCCAUUUCAACAAAUAAUUUUAAUUCGUCUCCUCACCGGUAGAGUUCUGAGAGCUUCUGGAGUAAACCAAAUUGAGUGUUAGAGAUUCAGCCUUUUCCUUUUUCAUGGCUCAGGACCCUUGAGGAAAUGCUGAGAAGCUUCUCGAGCCCCACUGAAGAGGAGAAAGGCUUGAGGGCUUCCGUCAUUUUAUAUGAGUGUUGACUGGUGCCGAUUCAGAAGUGAUUCCGUAGAAUCUUAGGGGCAGAUUGUGAUCAUCUGGGCGCCAGGGGAGUUCUCCUCCAGGUCCUCUGAGGGAGAUGGCCUCCUCUGUCUCCCUCGGCCGCAGUCCCUGCACCUGCCCUGUGCGUACCUAGUGCUCCCUCCCACCUAUUAGUAUUUCUUCUUACCCACUUCCUUUCUGCUUCCUCCUAGCACCACCCAACAGAUGCCUUCCGUCCACCUUCUGAAAUCAUCUCAGAUGCAGACUCCUACAGGAGUUCUUUCCUGAUUUUUCUCAGUUGUUAUUAUCCUUCCUUUGAAACGUUUUUCUCAUAAUUCUUAUAUAGUCCACCUUGUAUUAUAGGUACUGCAUAUUUAUUUGAUUCUCCCUAAUAGAUGUUCACGCUUUCCUUUUUUUUUUUUUUAAGUUGAGGUAUAAUUUACACACAAUAACUUUUUUUUUCUCUCCCUGACUCAAUCUAGAUAAUUUCUGCGACCUAUUUUUCAGUCCACCAAUCUUCCCUUCAGCUAUGUGGAAACUCCUUUUAUACCCAUCUUUUGCAGUCUCAUUUCGGUUAUUGUAAUUUUCGCUUAUAAAAUUUCCAUUUUAUUAUUUUUGUUGUUACCAAUUCUUGAAAUUCUGUUGUGUCUGAUAAUUUCAACAUCCAAGUCUCGUGUGGUUGCAUUUCUUUUCUUUCUCCUUGCUUGUUUCUGGUCAUCUCAUCUUUCCCUCAGUAUGUUUGUAUACAAGUCAGAGUUCUCCAGAGAAACAGAACCGGUAGGAUGUGUGUACUUAUAGAGGAAGAUUAACUAUAAGGAAUUGGCUGACACAAUUCUGGAGGCUGACAAAUCCUAGGAGCUGUAAUCCAUAAGAGACCCAGGAGGGCGGAUGGUGUUUAAGUUCUAGUCCCAAAGCAGCAAGUUUGAGACCCAGGAAAGGCUGAUGUUUCAGUUAGAGUCCAAAGGCAGAAGAAAAACAAUGUCCCUGCUCAAAAACAGCAGAAGGAGUUCCGUCCUACUCAGCCUUUCUGAUUGGAAGAGGCCCACUAACAUCAGGGAGAGCAAUCUCUGCUUGACUUGGUCUGCGAUUCAAAUAUUUAUCUCAUCCAAAACAUCCAGAAUAGCGUUCCACAAAUAUCUGUUCAUCCCAUGGCCCAGUCAAGUUGACACAGAAAAUGAACCAUUCGGGCUCCUGGGUGGCUCAGUUGGUUGAGCAUCCAACUCUUGGUUUCGGCUCAGGUCAUGGUUUCAUGGGUCAUGAG